GAUGGUUAUAUUUCUUGACGGAUUGGAAAUCCGUGAGCUGGUGGGGUCAGCUUCAUUCAGGGUCGGUUGCUCGCUAUCAGUCAUGCAAGACUUUUUCUAAAUUUGGUUAUAUGGUAUGCAUGUAAGGAGUACUAUUAUGAUAGUGUUGGUUGUUAUAUUUAUUGACGGUUACACUGCGUCCUUAUAUAUUGCUUGACAUAGAUUCGAGCAUGGCUAAUUUUACCAACGACUUGAACGGGUAAAGGGAGGUAACUCUAAUAUUAUUGUUUAUACCGCGUUCGAGUACGAACAUCUGCUGUGGUACAUAAUUGGGUUGGAGUAACAAUAAUGGUGUCCCUGAGCACGUUUUGGAGUUCGAUAGCUAUUGUUUGUUGUAUUCUAUGUGUAGUAUAUUUCCCUUGCUUAGAACAUGGUCCUUCCAACUACAUUGAAAAAGAGACAUACUCUGAAAGGAAGGAAUGUCCUUCCUGCCGUCAGAAGGCUCCAGGAGGGUGCCCCGGUAAAAGCCCUUGCAAGGAUGAUGGCUGGUCGCAAAACGGAUGACUUGUCUAUACGGGAUGUGGAAAAAUAUGUAAAUGAACUCACUGAUGAGUCCCUCUCAGACCUAUUAGAAUUGGCAGGAAAGAACAAGGAGGAUAUAUCAGAGGCACGCCUCCUCCUACAUUAUCUGAUAGUUCUGGCUAAUGAGAAGGGACAACCCCAAGGUCAGGAUCUACUUGAGGCACCGGGAACAUCUACAGAAGCACAGGACGACAUCACACAAGAAAACACUUUGGUACGUAAUAAUGAUGAACCACCAAACAAAAGGUCAAAAUCUUGGUCCGGCUCACUGGAGGCAAGAAUUGCGUUUUUGGAAAGCUCCACAUCACCAAAGGUUUCCGACAUUAAAGAGAGGGUAAGGAUACUUUGCCUUCAACCAGAACCAAGUAAUUCCUUAAUCCUUCUCACAUUAGAGGAACUUGCAAAAGCAGCCAGGAGUGCUAACCAUGAGGAGUCAGGUCUAUACGAGGAACUUUUGAGACAAGUUCAUAGACUUCAGUCUAAGGUCUGCCUUCCAAAGCUCUGUCUAUCUGUCUUAGGGGGGAAUGAGUCUGACAAGAUAUCAAAAGCUAUUGCCAAGUGUAUGAAGGAUGUCAUAGACACAGCCAAAGAAUCAAAGAAAGAGGCACCACUGGUAGGGAAAACACAAACCACUCUGUCGCCAUUGGACAACUUGUAUGUCACAUUACCCCCACCAGGGGCAGACCUGGCCCCUAUGCCUUUUCCCCUGCAACAACAUCCUAAUCCUAUGUAUGGAUCUUAUCAGGGUUAUGUUCAGCAAGGGUAUGGUCAGCAAGGGUAUGGUCAAGGGUAUAGAAAUUAUAGGAGGGGUGGUUUUAGGCACCCUGGGCAACGCCCUAGAGGAGCAUGCCUGGUUUGUGACAGUACAGCCCACCAGGUCCGAGAUUGUCCAAAAGUAAAAGAGUUCAGGCAAAAGUAGUACUUGGAAGAUUGCAAAUUUACAACAAAUGUUCAUAUGUUUACAGUGUCAAAUUAUUUUUUACCAGAAAGCAACUGGUUUGAUAAAACUGUUUACUUAAUUAAUACUCAAUAAUUAAGAUACUUUUGGUUUAUAUAUGACCAAUUGUGAUGUAUAAUUGAAAUGAUCAUGAUGCUUGUAGUCCUACAGGGAGAUAUAGAUGCAUUGUACUAACAUUAUACUAGAGUUAUGUAUUGUCUUCUUAGUAAACUAUUAUAAAUAGGUUAGCUUGUAAGUUAUAAUGGUACUUCCUCCUCUGCUGUCCAAAGGACACUGACGCCUUAGUGAGUUACACUCACGUGGGUAGCGGACGAGGGGGUUCCACUAUUUCAAUGUUACUUAUGCUGGUCCUGUUUUUUGAAUUAUGCAUACCUUCUGUGUAUUACAGAGGUGCAGAGAGGAUGGCCGCUGUGAUGGUGGAAUUACAAAAAAAAACAAAAAAAAAACAAAAAAAAACAAAAAAACAAACUUGAAAGUGGUUUUAAUCCGACAAAUAUAAGGGUCCGACAAGAACCAGCAUGGGUGACAUUGGAUGGUGGAGCCUCUUUGUCCGAUGCCCACGUAAUGUCGCAACUAGACACGGACUACAAUAUUAGAAAGUUAUCUUUAAGAGACCCCUCAAUCAACUUCAUUCUCACCU